AGGGAAUCUUCAGUGGUGAAUUUUCAAAAACCUACUUGUCAUGACUUUAAUGAGUGAUGUGGCUACAAUUACCCCCCAGUGUAAGAGCCAUAUUUGAAAAGUUACUUCAGCCAGCAGCAUACAAAGCACAUCAAAACCUUUUGUGUAAUCAAUAACACAGUGUAUAAAUAGGAGCGGCAUCCCCAGAUGAGUUACUGCAUUAAUACGUGGUAUGUUCAUGGAGAGGUAGAGAUGGUUAGGAAAGUUGUAUUCCAAAAGUUGUGGGACUGAUCUUUAAAAUAAAGUCAGAAAAUGAAUGUUGAUCUGAAUGAGCAUUAGGAGCAGAAGCUGAGAAGAAAAUAUUCUCUUCCUCCCUCCUGGUAUUGAGAAUCGUUCUAUUUAGUUAUCACGGUAGGAACUUGUCUCCCCAAAAACAAACUUAGGCUCAUGCUUUCCUCUGUCUUUCUCAGGUACCUUGAACUGACAACUCCUUAAGCAAGAUGGCUGCCAUCAAAAACCAGAGCCUUCAGCUGAGGGUCAUGUGAUCUCAUUUCUCUUCUUUAGGAUCUCUAUGAACACAGCAGCUGGCAGUUCAGCACUCGGUGCUGCAAGCUGCCUAGGAGCUAGCGUAGCAGCCUUGUUAUGAGCUCUGAGGAUUUGAAGGUAGUGGAGUGACAAGAAUAUAGAUAGAGUCUAUCAUUCAGAUGCUUGAAUAUACAUUGUUCCAGUUGUUAAAGGGAAUUGUGCUUGAUCUGGAGGUAUGCUAACAGAAGCUUACAUAGGAUUGAUGUGGAGGGCUUUGUUUUUUGGGUUUGUAUUUUUUGGUUCUGUGAAGAAUGGUGUAGUAUCUUUUUUUUUUUUGGAUUCCAGGACAAAUUAUUACUUCCUAAAAGCAAGCUUGUGCUCCGUGGAAGCCAUUGAACACUAAUUUAUUUUCCCCUGAAUGGAAUGUGAAGGGUUUUGGCUUUUUUUUUUUUAUCAUCAAGUGUCACACAGAGCAAGAACAUAUGCAAGAUAAGCUAAUUCUUCACUGUAAGAAAAAGUGGACAAAGUAAGUAGGGAGACAGCUGUAGGAGACUUGGUCCUGAAAAAGGGAUGCUCUUCUUCUCAAGGUUGUGAAACAGCUAAGCAGAGACUGAGGCUAGGGCUGAAAAACAGGUUCCGUUGUUCGGCAAGUUUUCUAAUCCUGGUUUCAUUUACAGUAAGUUGUUUUUGCUCAGGUAAACUUCUGGGCUGUUGGGGGACUGUGCAUAUGUUGUGGACUGUAUUUUUUUCUCAUUCAUGCUUGUUGCAGUAAAACAUGCUGAGGAAACACUGGCAUGGAGAAACAAGAAAUCUGGGACAGCUAAUAGUAAGGCAUAGCCAGUUCUUUUCAUUUCUUCCGUUUCUGAGUAUAAAGGUUUAUCAGGCAGACACGAAAAGCCAAACCCACUUUCCAGGACACACAUUUGAUGAUGUUGGGUACAAUGAACCAAGCUUUAGCAACCAAAGCAGUGUUUUGGUUUUUUUUGCCUGUAUGCUGCAUUCACCAAAAGGUUCAAUAAUGUGUGACUCUUAAAUAAGAAGAAGGAAGAAAGAAAGCUCACCAUGGGGUACAAUAAAAGCUGGAUUUCAAGAAAUGAAAGUGAGCAUGCCUUCUUUCAAGCUGUCACCAGAGCUUUAGAAAUUAGGAAUGUAUCUACUGCAGAAAUUGGACAGAACAACAGAAGCUCCAGUGGGAUUGGUGCCUUGGAAAAUGGGGUGUACAGUGAGGAGCAAACCUAUAGACAUUUCACUACCACUGUGCAAAUUGUCAUCUUUAUAGGCUCGCUGCUGGGAAACUUUAUGGUGCUGUGGUCAACCUGCAGAACAUCAUUUUUUAAAUCAGUAACAAACAGAUUCAUUAAGAACUUGGCCUGCUCUGGGAUCUGUGCCAGCCUAGUCUGCGUGCCUUUUGACAUUGUCCUCAGUGCCAGUCCACAGUGCUGCUGGUGGAUCUAUACCAUGAUGUUUUGUAAAAUUGUCAAGUUCUUGCACAAAGUCUUCUGCUCAGUGAUCAUCCUUAGUUUUCCUGCCAUUGCUUUGGACAGGUAUUACUCAGUUCUAUACCCACUGGAAAGAAAAAUUUCUGAUGCAAGGUCUCGAGACCUGGUUAUCUACAUCUGGGCCCAUGCUGUGGUAGCCAGUAUUCCUGUAUUUGCUGUGACCAAUGUAUCUGACAUUUAUGCCAUGUCUACCUGUACUGAAUCCUGGAGUUACUCCCUUGGCCACCUGGUGUAUGUCAUCAUUUAUAACAUCACAACUGUGAUUGUACCAGUAGCCGUGGUGUUUCUUUUUAUGAUUCUUAUUCGCAGGGCACUGAGUGCCAGCCAGAAGAAGAAAGUCAUCAUAGCUGCCUUAAGGACCCCUCAGAAUACCAUUUCUAUUCCAUAUGCCUCUCAACGAGAAGCUGAACUACAUGCCAUGCUGCUCUCCAUGGUUAUGAUCUUUAUUUUCUGCAGUGUCCCCUAUAUGACUCUUGUGAUUUAUAGAACCAUACUUAAUAUUUCUGAUAUUUCAGUUUUCUUGCACCUCACUGCCAUCUGGUUGCCCAAGGUCUCCCUGCUAGCCAAUCCAUUGCUUUUUUUGACUGUUAACAAAUCUGUACGGAAGUGCUUAGUGGGGACAGUAGUGCAGCUACACCGGAGGUACAGCAGGAGAAAUAUUGUCAGCUCUGGGGGUGUUGCAGAUACUAACCUGGAGCCCAGUGUCCGUUCUGGUAGCCAGCUCCUGGAGAUGUUUCACAUUGGGCAGCAGCAGAUUUUCAAACCCACAGAGGAUGAGGAGAAUGAAACUAAAUCUGUUGGCUCUGGUGACUUCCAGCAGAAGGAAAUUCCAACUACCAGUUUAGAGGUAGAACAGACUUUGGUUAAAAAAUGUAUACCACAAACCAUUGCAGACUCUGCUGCUCAGGUGGCCCCAGCAAUGCCCACAGAAGCAGAUAUGGCCAAUGAUAAAUAUUCCAUGCAGUUUGGCUUUGGGCCCUUUGAGCUGCCUCCGCAGUGGCUCUCAGAAAAUCGGAACAGUAAGAAGCGACUGCUGCCGCCUUUGGGAAAUACACCAGAAGAACUCAUCCAGACAAAGCAACCCAAGGGUAAAGCAGAAAGAAAAAUUAGCAGGAACAAUAAAGUCAGUAUCUUUCCUAAGGUGGAUUCCUAGUAAGAGAAGGAUCUCUGUGACAAAAGAAGGCCACCUUCUGAUGUAUGUGUGAUCCCAUGGAUCUUUGUUAUGCUGAAAUUUGUUACAGGCUGAUUUUUUUUGUGCCAAAUACUUAAAAACAAAACAAAAGGGAAACAUAUGUAAGUGUUCCUUAUGAACCUGUUUUUAUUAAAAAAUAUAUAUCUAUAGACAGCCAUUCUUAAUUUUACUUGUGAAAUAUAGUACAUACAGUAGUAUAGGUCUGAUUCAAGACUUUCAUUUUGAGGUUUGGCAGUUGGUUUACUGGGGCACUCGGUAAACAGAAACAAAACUAAUCUGUGGACUGGUAGAAAGGGCUUCAAGGAGUACAAAAUGGAGGCAAAUAGUUUACUUGUCAGGCCUGUUAUACAUAGUUACCUGGAAAUGGACAUGGUAAAUUUCUGCAGGUUUCAUUAAUGAAAUAUAAAAAGAUGCCCACUUUGUUUAGAUAAUCUUUCAUAACAAAGUAACAAAAAUCCCCAUUUGUUCUUUACACAUGUUGCUGUUUAUCAGUUGUCUCUGCCAUUCUCUUAGAUAAAACAUGGUAACUCUUGGCCUAGAGCAUCCUUAAAGCCUGAGGAUACCUCAUUCCUGGGUAGGAGGCUCAAAAAUUGUUAACGUUAAUAGGACAAAGCUUCUAAAAUCUUAAUUUGUCUUCUGAAAACUGAAGUGUCUCUGUAGUAUAAUUACAGGUAGAUUGCAGGUCAUGUGAUGCUGAUUCAGCUCCAACAUUUGUGCACAUAUAUGUUGAGGACAUAGAACUGACGCUCUUUGAUACUAUGAUGAUGAGCAUAGUACAAAUGCCAAAAGUGUAUAAAAGGCCAGCAUAUAGUAAAUAGCCAAACUGAUAGAUAAACCUCUGCCUUGAGAGUAAAUGUUAGUGCAUUCCUUUACUUUGGGCAGGGGUUGGAAGACGUGGUGAGAGAGGAACCUUUUCCUUCCUUUCAAUAUGUUGGCAUAAAUCCCAAACAUGCUAAUGUAAGUUAAGUCACGCUGUGGAAUGAGGAUCACUGAAGGCAUUAAUUGCAAAUCAGAUUUCCAAACCUAGUACCUAAAUCCUAUGUGAAUCGGAGCAAAACUGUCCGUUAUGUUAGUGUGCUCAGGCACUGUACUGUAGUUUGCCUCUUUUCUAUUAUUGCAGAUGUAUUGUCUUGUGUACCUUAAGUGUGAAUUUUAAACUGUUACAACCUGUAAAACAACCAUAUCCCAGCACUUUAAUCCUCAUUCUGUUACAAGCAGUCCUUGCUUCCUUCCUUCUCUGCAUUUGCUGGUGUCUCACACUGUAGUUUAUUAGAAGCACAAAUUGAUAAUUCCCUAAUACUCUUUAUGUGUUCUUGUGUUCCUUCUGUAGUUUAGAUCUUCAUUGCAUGCCAAGCCUUCACCUGUAGCUUACUGCCUGUUUAUCAGAGUGAUUUUUUUAAACCUAUGUUUGAAAGAACUAAAUGAAGAACCUUGCCAAGUUUACAAUAACAGCAAAUAUAUGUUUAAAAGCAAGAAAAAAUUCUGCCUAGGCAGAGAUUGGUGAAUAUUAUCAGUUCUUCCUUUGGUGCAUCUGAAGAAGGACAGUAGCUUCAGAUGGAUCUAAGGGUGAUUCAUUUCUACAGAUCAUUAAAAGCAAGCAUUUUAAUAAAAUGUAGUGUGGGUUCUAAACACUAGUGUAAAUUAUAUUUUUUGUUCUUUCCUUUUAUGUUGUGCUGCUAUAUGUGCUAUAUCAGGGGUCUUGGGAAUUGUGGCCCUCAGCCACAUCCCAAACUACUGGUAGACAUUGCAGCUGUCCUGUUCUUUCCCUAUGGGAAAAGAGGUCAGGCAUGAUUUUGGCCAAAAAAGGGGGUAGUUUUUGUUGGGGGGGGAAAAGAGGGAGAUCUAAAUCUGGAAAAUAUUGAGAAGCACCAGGCUAUUUUAUUUUCUGUGCCUAUUGGUAAAAUAUAGUAAUGGAAUGUGCUUGUUUUUCAAAGUUGUUAAAAGGAAGAUCUCAGCUGUAGUAUCUUCCUUAUAAGGUUUGGGCUAAAUUAUUUGUGGCCUCCUUUCAAGGAAAAAUAAGCCAAAGACAGCAUUUUUCUGCUUCUUCUAAACUUGGGGAAUUUUGAUAAAAUUGGAACCCAAGUUUGAACCUCCCUACAGAAAACAAAACCACUACUGAUUUUGUUUAUAUUCAACUUGAAAUGAGAGAAUAUCAAUAAUAAAUAUUGUGAACCAAAUUCAGAUAUAUACUGGGCAUGGAUUUGGUGUUAAUGAAUCCUGAAUUAUUGUUAUUGGUAUUAUUAGCAUUAGUAUUGAGGAAGGCAGGUGGUAGUAGCUGGUUUUGAUUAUAGAGAU